AUGGAAUCUUUCGAGACCCGUGAUCACAGGGCAAGUGAAAGUCCUGCUGCAUCCGACAGCGCAUUCAAUGCAAAGGGAAGCCAUAUGCGCAGGGGUGGUGUAGGGUCCGGACUUUCGCGGACUGCCGCUCUGCGGCCUGUGGAGCCGCUUGGGAUGAGCGAGAAGGAAAAGGGAAAGGGCGACAAGAAGAAGGAUGACAAGAAGAAAGAUGACAAGAAGGCUGUAGCCAAAGGUCCGGCGAUAAGCUUGGACCCACCCAGUGGGACACGAGACUUUUUCCCCGGCGACAUGAGGUUUCGCAACUGGCUUUUUGGAGCUUUCAAAGAGAUUGCUCGUAGAUAUGGGUUUCAGGAGUACGACGCGCCGGUCUUGGAGAACGAGGAGCUUUACAAGCGGAAGGCCGGCGAGGAGAUCACCGAACAAAUGUACAACUUCAUCGACAAAGACGGUGCGGCGGUGACUCUGAGGCCUGAGAUGACCCCGUCUCUGGCCCGGAUGGUUCUCAGCCUCAUGCGUGCGGAAACAGGUGAGAUGUCGGCUCUUCUUCCCUUGAAGUGGUCCUCCAUCCCGCAGUGUUGGCGCUUCGAGACUUGCCAGCGCGGUCGGAAGCGGGAGCACUACCAGUGGAACAUGGAUAUCGUCGGCAUCACCUCGAUCCAUGCUGAGGUCGAGCUGCUUUCAGCCAUCACGUCGUUCUUUGAGCAUGUGGGAAUCACGUCGAAGGAAGUGGGUAUCAAGGUGAACUCGCGGAAAGUUCUCGGAGCCGUGUUGAAGAAUUCCGGUGUACCGGACGAGCGCUUUACCGAGACCUGUGUCGUGAUAGACAAGCAGGACAAGAUCGGACCCGAGGCCGUCGUAAAGGAACUGACCGAGAAGAUCGGCUUGGACCAGGCGGUUGCGCAGCGCAUCGUCAAUGCCACGGCCGCCAAGACGCUGGAUGAGUUCGCAUCCUUGGCGGGUGUUGGCGAGAGCCCAGAGGUGGUCGAGCUGCGGCAACUGUUCACGCUGGCGGAAGAGGAAGGCUUUGGCGACUGGUUGAUCUUCGAUGCCUCCGUCGUUCGAGGUCUGGCCUAUUACACCGGUGUGGUCUUCGAAGGUUUCGACCGUGCCGGCGUUUUGCGCGCUAUUUGCGGUGGUGGCCGGUACGACAGAUUGCUCACGCUUUAUGGAUCUCCCAAGGAGGUUCCAUGCGCAGGCUUCGGCUUUGGAGACUGCGUCAUCUACGAGCUGCUCAAAGAGAAGAAGGUGCUUCCCGAGUUGCCCCACAAAGUGGACUUUGUGGUAGCAGCCUUCAAUCAAGACAUGAUGGGCAAGGUGCUGGAGGAGUAUUCCCAGGCGCUGAAAUGCACUACGUUUACGGAUUGUGAGCAGGUUUGUUUCGUUCACGCACCUCGCCUCGCGCAAGCGGCACAGAGGUUACCGCACAACGCACCUUCGAGGCUGUUGCCGGGAGAUGCAGCCGAAACGGCAGGGGCAGCAAAGCCUGCGGCAACAAAGGACUUGCCAGAUAUCCUCCCGAAGACAGCUCCGUCCAUGGUCCGCUCCCUGCUGAAGGGCCUUGAACCGGCCUGGCGCUGCGAGGCGGAGCUUGCUCCGGAGCCUUUGGCAGCAUCGGCGCAGCGAGGUGCCGUCCUUGUUGCUGCGGAGGCAUGGGCAACGGAGUUGGGAGAACUCUUGCAAUCAGCCCCAGACUGGACCGUGAGGCAGCACGGAGAAUGGGCGGUGGGCAGCAGCCUGGAGAGGCUCACGGCCUUCUUGCGCUGGCUGACUGGCAUUGUUUCCAGGACCUGCGCAGAGCUGAUCGAUGCUACGCCGUCUACCACCGCUCUGGAGGAGCACAGCGUGGCACUGCGCAGCGUUGCCCGGCUCGUCAGCCGUAUGUCAGGCUACAUGCAAGGAGCUUUGGGCAGCAUGGACCCGGUCAGACCCAUCUCUGCGCGCCUGGGGGCAGCGGCCGAGGGCUUGCAGCAGGCAGCGGAGCAGCUGAGAGAGAAGGCUAGCCAUCUCCUGCACGACAUGGAUCCGCCAAAGGAUGAUGCAAGUGCCUCGAGGCAGCACCGAUUUCAACAAGAAGCGCCUCCACGAAGCAACUUGAUGCGCCAAAGCAGGCCGCGAUCUAUCUUGGGAAUACUAGCAGGGCAUCCAGACUGGCAACUUCCCGAUGAGGCACAGCGUGUACAGACCCUUCGGCAGCACCUAGAGGAGCGCCGUGAUGGCGGCACUGGCCAAGAAGAGCGAAAGAUACUUAUUGACCGGCAGAUGGAAGGGAGGCGGCCCCGGACGACGGUACUUGCCUUCGGCGCGGCGCGGGAGCGCGCGGAGAACCGUGCCGCUCAAGACUUUGCUUUGCUGGACACCGACAAUGACGGUGUCGUGUCGGCAGAAGAGUUCCGAGCCGCACGCGUCCAAGAGCUGAGGUGA